GUCAUUUACGAGUCAACAGGAACGCAGCCGAUGGAAAUGAAGCCGCCCUGCAACAAAAUAAGUUCAGCAACUUGAAUCCGGUGUGCAACAUACGUGACUGUUGUCCUCGCAGCAAACCGGGGAGGCACUGCAGCCAGUACUACCAACGCCGAUGACGGAGAUGGGAGAGCAAGUGAGCCCCACAAGAGCAUCGAUAUCUUGGAGGACGAUGCCCAAGGCGCCAAGCACACCAGCCGCGUCUGCGGAAUCGGCCUGGAAGAGAAGUGUCGCAGCAUUGAAUGGGGGCGGUGCUGCAGUCGCUGGCGGGCUCAUUGCGAGCAAUGACUGCAGGUGUGGCGACCGCAAGAAGAGGCGAGGCGAGAGCGACAAAGGCUACGAGACGGGAGAACAUAUUGAACGAGUUUGGAGAGUGAGGGAGGUUGAAGGGUUCAAAGAGCUGCGAGAAGAGCAGAAGACGUUCCAUCAGGGAAAGUCCAUUUGGUGUAAACUUCUCGGGUUGGUGGCGAACCGGAGACGACUGGAAACACUCGAAAAGAAGUUCCAAUGAUGCGAAGGAGUUCUACAUGACCGACGAGCAUGUUGAAUUGGAUGCUUGAAUGAAGGAAAACUCCCGACAUGACAGAAGAUCCCUGGCAUUCCAAUUUGACAGGCUCCACAGGUGUAUUAUGUUACUG